AUGAGUUCACCACCCACCUCCGGCGGCGACCGACCAGAGCGACCGUCUCAGCGAAAUUCUCCCACCCUAUGGCAUCCCGCCCGCGAAUGGCUUGAAGAGGACGACGAAGAGGAUGUUGACUUCGAGCCCGAGUCUGAAUUUUCCGACGAUAGAGAGGAUUUUGACGACGGGGGCCCCUUGUACGGCGACCCCGACACUUUUGGUUUUCACCCUGGUGUUCAGAUCGAGUUCUCGAUGGAGGCGCCGAAUCCCGAGGAGGGCGGGGAUGGCCAGGCGGGCCGACAGAAUCGAGAAGUAUCCGCAGCCCGACUACUUAAUCUAUUAGCAUCGAAUGGCUUGCGGCAUAUUCUCAGCUACGACGGUUGGCCUGGCGGCGCCGACGACGAAGACGACGACGAGGAUCCUUACCAGGGCCUUUUCAGAUACCGGAGGCAGCCACGGCGGGCUAACAAUGCUCAGUUCCCGAAGGUUCCGAGCGAUGAGGGUACGAAGUUGAUGCGGACCGGCAAUUUUGGGAGCAAUACGCAUUACGCGGACGAGUUGAAGAAACGAAAACGAACACUGGCUACGAGGAUGAUGUGGCGUGAGCUAGGCAUUGAUGUAUCGGGCGGUCCGAAGAGGGAGGUGCAGUCCAUAUCACAGGGCUUAAUACCGGGGUCGGUCGCGGACAAAAUCAUCCAUUUUGAUUCGAGGUGUUAUUCGGGUCAGUUCUCGGACGACGGGAACUUCUUCUUUUGCUGCGCCCAAGACUUCAAGGUUAGGAUGUACGACACAUCCAAUCCCUUUGAAUGGAAGUACUACAAGACAGUGAAUUACCCCUUCGGUCAGUGGACUAUCACCGACGCCAGUUUGAGCCCGGACAACAGAUUCUUGGCCUACACGUCAAUUCGGAACCUUGUUUGUCUUGCGCCCACGGAUCCACUGGAUUCAUCCGAUCCGGCUGUCUUGGAUCUCUCCGUACUCCCUGGUGAAAGAGGAGGACGGCGAGGUCCAUACGGAAGCUCACAUUUUGGGAUCUGGUCUAUCCGGUUCUCCGGCGAUGGUCGUGAACUUGUGGCUGGCACAUCUGACCACUCGGUGAUCGUUUACGACCUUGAGACGCGACAGUCGGUUCUGCGCCUGCAAAAUCAUGAGGACGAUGUAAACGCUGUCUGCUUCGGCGAUAAAUCCUCGCCUCAUAUUCUCUAUUCCGGCUCCGAUGAUACCACGUUACGAGUAUGGGACAGGCGCUCAAUGGGCGACGGGCGUGAAGCUGGCGUCUUUAUGGGCCAUACCGAAGGGUUGACCUACGUUGACAGCAAGGGCGAUGGGAGAUACGUCAUCUCCAACGGAAAGGACCAAUCGAUGAAACUUUGGGAUCUAAGAAAAAUGAUGACGACGGCCAAAUUUGACACUCUCGAUGUGAACAACUUUACGAGCGGCUUCGAUUACCGAUUUGAAUCCUACCCUACCAACUACUACGAGCCACAUCCACAUGACUGCUCGGUUGUCACGUUCCGAGGACACCGGGUGCUGAAGACCUUGAUUCGAUGCCAUUUCUCACCCCCGGGUAGCACGAACUCGAGAUAUGUAUACACGGGGAGCGAGGAUGGCAAGGUCUAUGUCUACAACAUGGACGCCACGUUAGCUGGAACGAUUGACGCGGGAGUCGCGACGAUGGAUUCGCGACCGCAAGAUCCCGACAUCUAUACCACUGCGUAUGAGCUCCGGAGUCGGAGCGGUGAACCGAUGUGGCGCACCUGUGUUCGCGAUGCAAGCUGGCACCCCAACGCACCAGCGCUCGCCGCGACGUCGUGGAAUGGCUGGGGCUUGUCGACCGGGACCUGCACCUUGCAUACCUGGAAUGACUCCGCGGUCGAUGACGAGGGCGAUCCACCGGUCGGAAGGAACUACGAUUGUAAAUUGAAUCCGGUGCCUGAAUUCAACUGGCACAAGGAACAUAGUCAUCGAGUGAGAAGCCGCCCCGUCGAGAGAUUUGUCGAGAGGUUUGACCCGGAGGCGGAGAGCUACGAGAUCUGGUGAAGGCAGCUGGGCUGUUGAUAUAUGUGUGGAAGGAUUUUCUGCGUUGAUUGUUCAGCUAGACUGGCAUGUGAGGAAGCGUGUAAAGCGUAUAAUAGCAAUAUGGCAAGAGAUAAUUGAAAUGACUAUUUAUCCA